AUGCCGACAUCAAAAUAUAUCUCCAGCCAAGCCACCUCAAGCGACACUACAGAUGUUGACUCUGGAGACACUGGAGUCAACUCUGAUAUCAUCAGCUCCAGUACAACAGACAAUGGCGAUCUGCUUCCCAAGACAACAGAACCAGUCAGUCACACUAUAGAUGUUGACUCUGGAGUCUACUCUGAGAUCAUCAGCUCCAGUACAACAGACAAUGGCGAUCUGCUUCCCAAGACAUCAGAACCAGUCAGCCACACUAUAGAUGUUGACUCUGGAGACACUGGAGCCUACUCUGAGAUCAUCAGCUCCAGUACAACAGACAAUGGCGAUCUGCUUCCCAAGACAACAGAACCAGUCAGCCACACUAUAGAUGUUGACUCUGGAGACACUGGAGCCUACUCUGAGAUCAUCAGCUCCAGUACAACAGACAAUGGCGAUCUGCUUCCCAAGACAUCAGAACCAGUCAGCCACACUAUAGAUGUUGACUCUGGAGACACUGGAGCCUACUCUGAGAUCAUCAGCUCCAGUACAACAGACAAUGGCGAUCUGCUUCCCAAGACAACAGAACCAGUCACCCACACUAUAGAUAUUGACUCUGGAGUCUACUCUGAGAUCAUCAGCUCCAGUACAACAGACAAUGGUAAUCUGCUUCCCAUAACAUCAGAAUCAGUCGGCCACACUAUAGAUGUUGACUCUGGAGACACUGGAGCCUACUCUGAGAUCAUCAGCUCCAGUACAACAGACAAUGGCGAUCUGCUUCCCAAGACAACAGAACCAGUCAGCCACACUAUAGAUGUUGACUCUGGAGCCUACUCUGAGAUCAUCAGCUCCAGUACAACAGACAAUGGCGAUCUGCUUCCCAAGACAUCAGAACCUGUCAGCCACAUUAUAGAUGUUGACUCUGGAGACACUGGAGCCUACUCUGAGAUCACCAGCUCCAGUACAACAGACAAUGGUGAUCUGCUACCCAUAACAUCAGAAUCAGUCAGCCCAUUGUCCACGAAGCCCCCUUCUAAUCCAACGACUGCUCCUAUGGUAGCAGCAGCUUCCUCAGAGGCUGCAACAUCCCUAAUGUCAUCCCGCUCCUACAUAUAUACAUGCAGCUCCUACUAUUUCGAAAAUGAAGCCAACAGCUGCCCUUGUCUGAGGCUGCUGACCAACGCAUUGACCUCCAGUUGCCAGGCCACCCCGGGAACAUCAGUUGUCCUCACCUGCAGGGCGGGCUGGGACUUUACUGGGGGACAAAGCAGCAUCACUGUACUGUGUAGAGAUGGAAAGUGGACUCCUGAACCACAGCAAUGUGUUCCAGAUAUCAUCUUCUGA